AUGGAUGAGGAUUUGGGGUCACCAAGCAUGACUACACUUCCCCCUCUACACUGCCCCCGCUCCCCGACUGGGGGCAUCCCCAGACCUCCACACCUUGCCAAGUCUCCGGGAGUGUACAUGCUCAAGACACAAAAAAGAUGGAGGGGGAAAAGGAAAGAGAGAUUUCAGAAGAUUCAGCCAGAGGAGUGGGAUGAAACGUUGCCCUUAAAUGGUAAAAGCUCCCGGGAAACGAAAGAGGGGCUGGCACAGAAAAAUAAAACACGGGGAGAAGAAAUAAAGUGGCUCAGAACUGGUGGACUUAAGGUAAAAAUCUCCAUAUCGGGGGAAUCUGGGAAGCGCCUGCCAGGCUGUGGAGGACCCUCGGUGGACACUCAGAUCUCCCCCAUUGUAAGUAGACCAAUAACCAUGGCCUUGCCUCUACCCACCAUUGUUUUCCCCAAACAAGUUGGUGCAGCUGAAAAGGACCCCAGACCACUAGGCCAGGACAGACCACACAGCCCCAGAUCCCGACUGUCCCGAAACUUCCGUCCGUCUUCAGGAAACCCUAUGACCACAGUUGACAACAAAGGUAAUGUGAUUGACCUGGUAAGGGACCAACUACCUGAGCUACAGUUGUCAGAGGAGGACAGGAUUAGGAACCUGGAGCUUCUGGAGGAGGCCAAGAGAGUGAGCGAACGCUUCCUCACACGAAGAGGGAGGAGGUCUACCAGCAGCCUCUCUGAAUCAUCCACAGCAGGACUUUCCCCCAAUGCCACACCUCGCUCUUCCCCUCUGCCAUCCAGACAUAGCUCUCUCACUGUGCCACCCCAGGUCGGUACAACCCUUCACCCCCAACAUCAAGGUGUGGAAGCAAAAGAGGUGAGUUACAUCAGCCCCCCUCUGAUGGAGCAACCUGGGCAGAAAGAUGCUGGCCCACAGGUCCAGGAGAACUCCAGGAACCUGGUGGACUUGAAACCCAGUGAAAAACGCAAGGUGUCUUCCGGCACACUGUCCCCUCGUCACUCUCCCCGUGGCCCCCCCAUUGAGGGUGGUGUUAAGCAGAAGGAAAGCUCCGAUGCCCAGCCAGGCGGGGAAAGGGAGAGGAAGGUAGCAGAUAAGGUGGAAGAGGAGGGUUUGAGUGGGGAUGGGCCAAGGAGAGUCCCAGGUGGUGAGGUCCCUGCUACGAGCCAGCCCAAACCAGUACCCCGGACUCCUGCUCAGCAGGUUCCCUGCACUGCCGAGAUCAGGACCAUAGGGGCCUUUCCUCCCCUCAUGAGGGCCGUAACCUGGGAUACCGUCAGCUCCAUCCCUGCUAGAAAUGGGGCACAGGGCUUCCUUCCAAAAAGUGAGGGGGCUCUCCCUCCCUUCAACAAGCCCGGCGACUCUCAGGUCAAGGCUUCAGGAUACAAGGACUUUCCCAUGCAGCCAGUCAAGAUGCAGAAACUAGCCAAACUGCGUGAGGAGCACAAGCUGAUUCGAAACCAAAGCAUAGGGGGGUCAAAGCUGCCAGACCUGAGUGAAACAGCUGAACAGGAAAGAGGGACAACCGCGGAGGAGGAGCCUCCAUUGAAGGAACAGCCGGACGUGAUGCCAAACAUCUCUGAUGUGUUUCUACGGAAGCUAAAACUACACAGAGCUCUGUCGGGAAGUGCACCUCCACUCACGGAGAAAGAAGUCGAGAAUGCGUUUGUGCAGCUGUCACUGGCCUUCCGGAAUGACAACUACACCCUGGAGACACGACUACGCCAGGCGGAAAGGGAGCGAAACCUAACGGAGGAGAACACAGAGAAAGAACUGGAAGAUUUCAAAGGCUCUCUUAAGACUUCUGUGACACUCUGGCAGAACUCUGAGCAGCGGGAGUCCUACCAGCGCCUCCUGGAGACCGUGGCGGUAUUGCACCGCCUUGCCACACGCCUCUCCAGCCGGGCAGAGAUGGUAGGAGCUGUGCGGCAGGAAAAACGCAUGAACAAGGCCACGGAAGUGAUGAUGCAGUAUGUGGAGAACCUGAAGAGGACAUAUGAGAAGGACCAUGCUGAGCUGAUGGAGUUCAAGAAGCUAGCCAACCAGAACUCCAACCGUUGCUACGGACCAUCUGUUGACACUGGAGAUGACGGAGUUCCCCGUGGGUCUCGAUCCAUGUCUCUGACCCUUGGAAAGGCCCUGCCCCGAAGAAGAGUCAGCGUUGCCGUGGUUCCCAAAUUCAACCUCCUCAACAUCCCUGGUCAGGCACCAGCCACCGCUAACCAGGCGCUUCCUGUGGUGUGUGAGGCAAAUGGAGUGAAAUGCAGCGCUCCUGCAGAGCCGGCACAACAAGCUGUGACUGAAAAUGGAAAGACUCAGAUAGACCAGGAAAGCCAGACAUUACCCCUAGCCAAGCCCCUCACCAGUCCUGAGGAGAUUGGAGCAGAGAUCAAGGCCAGGAUCGAGGAGGAUGCCUACAAUAAAGGAUACGUGGAGGGACUGAGGCGAAGUAAAGAGCUCCAGCAGCUGAAGGAGGAGGAGGAAAAACAGAGGGCCUCUGAGGAGCAAGAGAAGGAAGAGGCCGUUGAAAAACGGAGCAGCAGCAAGUACGAAGGGAUCCUGGACACCAUCAACCAGCUAUGUCCAAAGAUUUUCAGACGGAACCGACUGAUCUGGGUUGCCCUGACUUUGCUCACGGUCAUGUUUAUGGUCGGCCUUUUCACAUACUUUGGUGAUUGCCACAGUGAACUGGAGGAUGCAUCCACAGGAAAGUCUGUUGACCCGGGCAGAAAGAACUUCUUUGGAUGGAAUGUAGCUUUUCAGUCCAAGAACUCUAAACAUGAAUAGCCCCAAAUAAAUUAGUCUCUUUUAAAUACUGUUCGUCAUUUGGAGAGGAGAGACCCAAGUACCAUCCACAGGUGAUCAUCACUCUGACUUGAAUGUUGAAUGUCAAGCUUUUGGGAAGAAGAAACUCUUGAAACCAUGUAGCUGUGUGCUUCAAGCACCUAGGAUACAAAAGUGGAAAGAACAAUCAAAGCACCAUUACUUAAAGGGUCCAAAGUCUGUAUGACAAAUAUUAAAAUAUCAAUAAUUUACACAAAUGAAUGCCAUAGCAAUGUAUUAGAUUUGAGGGUCUUAUAUUAUGACUGUUUCUCCUUGGAAACAGAUUCGUUCUGGUUGGUAAUGAACAGAUACCAGCAUAUGUUCUGUUCAGCAUAUGAACAGAACACAUGCUGUCUGAUCAUAUGAAAAUAAUGCACCUGUAUUUACAUGUGUCUUCUCAGGUUUGAUGAGGGAAAGUCCCGUGCAAAGAUUUAUUGACUUAUUUAAAGAGAUAUAUGUUUUAAAGAGAUGUUUUUAUCUUUUGUUGACGUGUUUCAUAUUGUUUAUUUAAACCAAGAACUUAUCUGAGAGAUAUAGUUAGGUUUAUCUCACCAUU